CUUUAAACCGGUUAUUGGAUUGUAGUUUAUACAUAUACAUAUAAUUAUCAUCCAGUAUCAUGUUGAGCUUGACCGGAAGAACGGCCCUUAGUGCCAGACCAAGACCACAGUCUAUUGCCUCCAUGGCUGUAUCUGCACACCGUUUUGUCUCUUCCAAGGACUUAACUCCAAAGGCCAUGCCUACCGAUUUCCCAUUAAUGUCCCAAAAGACUGCCUCUUCUCCAGUUGACUACGCCUUGACUUCUUUGGACACCAUUGCCAACUGGGCUAGAAAGUCUUCUUUCUGGCCUGUCACUUUCGGGUUGGCUUGUUGUGCUGUUGAGAUGAUGCAUGUCUCUACCCCAAGAUACGAUCAAGAUAGAUUAGGGAUUAUUUUCAGAGCUUCUCCUCGUCAAUCUGAUAUUAUGAUUGUUGCUGGUACCGUCACCAACAAGAUGGCUCCUGCUUUAAGACAAGUUUACGAUCAAAUGCCAGACCCAAGAUGGGUUAUUUCUAUGGGUUCUUGUGCCAACGGUGGUGGUUACUACCAUUACUCUUACUCUGUUGUUAGAGGUUGUGACAGAAUCGUUCCAGUAGAUGUUUAUGUUCCAGGUUGUCCUCCAACUGCUGAAGCUUUGAUGUACGGUGUUUUCCAAUUGCAAAAGAAGAUGAUGAAGACCAGAAUCACCAGAUUAUGGUACAGAAAGUAAAUGGAAAUGAUUAUUUCCAUGUGGAGAGAUAUUGAGAAAAGGAGAGAAAAGGGGGAGAACUGAAGACAGACUAUUCGAAAUAGAGAAAGAACGGGGCAUUCCGGUAGCAGGAUGAAUGAUUCAUAUACUAAAAGUAAAAAGAAUAACAAUGUGAGUUUUUCGUUUUUGCUGUCCGCGUAUGGCACCACAUUACCUAACAUAGCUAGCUCUGU